AAGGAAGGAGAAGAAGAAGAAAAAAGAAGGAGGAGGAAGAGGAGGAGGAGGAGGGGGGGUGACACUUGAUUGCACGAGACAUUCUUGUCAGUUCUCGCAUCUAAACAGGUUUUCUGUGACGUCAUCGCGUCUCGCACCACCACAACAAAAGUCCACAUGAGAGGACGGUGCUCCUCCACAGGAGCGGGGCUGUUGUUGUUCUUCUUGUUGUUGCUGUUGUUGUUGUUUCUUGGCCUUUAAGGAUGCCGACGCGUGGUCCACCGGACAGCAGCUUCUUCUCCUCCUUCUUCUCCUUCUGGGCCCUGGUGGUCCUCAUCCCGGAGCGCGUGCACGCCUGUGACUUCCUUCAGCCGGCGUGCGGCGCGCGGGCUCCCGGGGACGUGGUGCUGGGCAUCCUGCUGCCGAGCCACCGGACUGUGAAGGCUCUGGAGGAGCGGGUCCGCCCCGAGAGCUUCAACUGCUCCGAUUUUGACCUGGAGUCAUUUCUCAAUUCGUUGGCGAUCAUCCAUGAGAUCGAGGUCAUCAACGCAGCCGGCUUCCUCCCGGGGGUUCGUCUGGGCUAUCUGAUGUGCGACACGUGCUCCUCCACCAGCAAGGCGCUGCAGAGCGUGGGCCACCUGCUCGAGGUCAACGGCUCGCUCAACGUCAUGUGCGACUACACCGACUUCCGGCCGAGGGUCAAGAUCAUUCUGGGGGCUCUCUACUCCGAGGUGUCCAUCGCCGUGGCCAAACUGCUCAAUGUGUACAUGGUGCCUCUGCUGAGCAGCACUUCGUCGGCGCUGGACCUGAGCAACAAGCUGCGCUACCCGGUGGUGGUACGCACCAUUCCCAGUGACAAGCACCAGACCAAAGCGGUGGCCGCCAUCAUGCGUCACUUCGGCUGGAACUGGGUGGGCGUCGUGUACAGCGACGACGAGUACGGCAGCGAGGCGUUCCAAAGCUUCCUCGGGGAGGCCGAGGCGACCGGCGCCUGCCUGGCCUACCAGGAGGUGGUGCCCAGCUACCUCGACCAUUCGCUCAGCGCGCAACGCAUGAAGCAGGUCGCCGACAAGAUCCGCUCCUCCGACGUCCAGGCGGUGCUGCUGAUCAUCAAGGCCGAGCUGGUGGAGAUCCUCUUUCUGGAAAUGAUCCGGACCAAGACUUCGAGGAUCUGGAUCGCCACCGACGCCUGGUCCAAGAGCCGGACCAUCGCCCAGAUGGAAGGCAUCAACGGGGUCGGGGACAUCCUGGGCUUCACGUUCAUGACGAAAAAGAUCGAAGCGUUCGACGGCUACCUGAUGAAUCUGACGGUGACCCCGGGAGGGUCCAACCGCUUCAUCGAAGAAUACAAGAACAUCCGGUUCAACUGCAGCUCCGAGUGUUUCUACAGCAACCCUCCGUCUUACUGUCCCUCGCCCAAACUCCUGAGGAUGAAAUCUGCCAACGCCUGCACCGUCUCGGAUCCCCAAGAGCAAAACGACGACUAUCUGGUAACGGCCCUGGACACGAGCGUGGCCUUCCUGCACAAGGUGGCCUUGCGGGCCACGGCACACGCCCUCAAAGAGCUCCUAGAGUGCAACGAGACGUCGUGCUCGGGGGAAAUUAAUUUCCCUCCGUGGAAGCUUCUCAAAGUACUGAAGACAGUGAAGUUUAAGUAUGAGAACUACAACUUCAGCUUUGACAGAAAUGGCGAUUCCGAAGGCUUUUAUGAUCUCGUCCUGUGGAAAGCGGACGGACGGCUCAGGAGGUGUGAAAAGAUCGGGAGGUACCACGUCGUCGAACAAGAAAUAGAGGUCGACAUGAAAGACGUCGUCUGGUUUUUGACAGCCAAUGCCACGGUCCCUCGGUCCAGAUGCUCGGAGCCCUGCGCCCCCGGCUCGGUGAAGAAGAUCCUGAACGUCUACUGCUGUUACAACUGCACGCUUUGUCCGGAGGGUACCUUUUCAGACGACUGGGAUCUUCAUACCUGCCAAGCAUGCCCCAAUGGAACCUGGUCUCUCAAGGGUUGGGAUCGGUGCACGCCCAGAUCCGAGUCCUACCUGCGAUGGACGGACACCCAUCCCAUCAUCAUGGUGUCGGCCGCUGCCUUCGGCAUCUUGCUCCUGUUGGUCACCUUCGGCCUCUUCCUGGGAUACCGGGAUUCCCAGCCGAUGAAGAGAGCCGAGGUGAGACUGUCUUGCGUCAUGAUGGCCGGUCUGUCGGUGAGCUUCGCCAGCGUGAUCUGCUUCAUGGGCAAGCCCAGUGUGCACCUCUGCCGGGCCCGCCAGGUGAUGUACGCCAUGGGCUUCACCCUCUGCGUGUCCUGCGUCCUCGUCAAGGCCUUGCGCACCUUCCUGGCCUUCCUUCCCUUCGGCCAGUUGACGUCCAGGCGGCUGCACAAACUCUACAAGCCGACGGUGAUCGUCAUCGUCCUAACCGCCCUCCAGGGGAUCAUCUGUAUCCUCUGGCUCGUCUUCGAUUCCCCGGAUAUCGAUCCCACGCCGCCGCCCCCUCAAAGCAUGACCAAACUGAUCCAGUGCAGCGAAGGUCCCACCUACAUAGGCUUCGGCAUCAUGUUGGUCUACAUAGCUCUGCUGGCAAUGAUGGGCUUCCUCUUGGCCAUCAAAGGCCGGAAAGUCCCGCAGGAGUUCAGCGAAACGGGCUACACCAUCUUCAGCAUGCUGAUGUACUUGUUCGUGUGGGUGUGUUUCAUCCCCGUCUACAUCACCAACAACGAGCACGCCUCCCCGGUGCAGGCUUCGGCCAUCCUGGUGUCCACUUACGGCAUCAUCUUCUGCCAUUUCUUGCCCAAGUGCUACGAAGCACUCUGCGGGUCGAAGACGGAAACGCUGCAGAGGGUUCUGAGGAGGUGGGAGGUCGUCUCCGAUCCGAAACCGGAAUCGGCCAUGCACAGGCCUUCCGUAUCGAGCAUAACGCCUAUCGUGAAAAGCGAGGUCGUCCCUGUAGAUUCGGAGGUGUUCAUAAUGCCGAUGAUGAAUGGAAAGUUGCGUUGCUCUAGACUAAAGCUGAGGAGGUGUCGGAGUAUAUCCAUCUAAAAGUGGUUUAUAAGGACAUUUGAUAUGUACUGUAGAGAUAUUUUACGAUCCAAUUACCAAUAUUUUGUGCUGUAAAUCCAAAUAAAAAAUGUUGCUUUACAA